UAAAGCGAUGGAAUUCUGUGAAACAUUUUGUUGGUUUGUAGUAGUGGUCGAAGACGAGAGUUAUUAGCGGUUAUCAGUGAUGGGACAGCGAAAUUCUCGUGUUAUUCCGGUAAAUGAUGGCGCGGUGUACGAUCACCAUCCCAGUACACCCCCAACACCCGACACCGACAAGGCGGAGCAACACUUCCAUCCGUGCGAUGAGCCGCCUGUCGAUGCCGGUGAGGGAGACGCCCAGAGGAGGGAGGAGGAGGAGCGGAGGGAGGCAUGGGGUGAGGAGGAGGAGGAGAUGAAGAGGAAGAGGAAAAAGAAGUUCUGGAGACUGCCCUCUUUCCUCAAAGCUGCCAGAAAACACCUCAAGGUGAUCCGACCGAGUCAGACUGAGGUGCAGCUUAUUGAGCCACCAUCGCCAGCCAGCAGCGCUGAUGAUGACAUUAUGUGCCGCUAUGAGCUCGGUGAUCGUCUGGGGGUAGGCGGGUUUGGCGUCGUUCAUGAAGCGAGUCGUGUGGAGGAUGGCCUUAAGGUUGCAUUGAAAGAUGUCAUGAAGACCCAUGACAUGGAAUAUCUAACUAUUCCUGGUCAUCCAAACCCCCUCCCAGUGGAGAUCGCCCUUACACUCUUGGCCAACAAGGGACCCAGCGCACCAGAGAUUAUAAAGCUGCUGGACUGGCAGGACCAACGGGACAACUAUGUCAUGGUCCUCGAGUGUCCGUCACCGUGUGAGAACUUAGUCAGUUUCUUGGAGGGCCAUGGAGGAAGAAUCGAGGAAGGUUUAGUUCGGCACAUCAUGCGGCAGGCAACGCGGGCGGCUCGCACAUGUUGUCGCCGUGGGGUAUUCCAUGGAGACAUAAAGUUGGAAAACUUCAUUGUGAGCAAGGACACCCUGCAGGUCAAGUUGAUCGACUUUGGGUGUGGGGACCUCAUGAGAAAGUCUGCCUACACGACAUUGUAUGGCACCAUGGAGUACUACCCUCCUGAAUACAGGCUCAAGGGCAAGUACCAUGCGAAGUCUGCAAUGUCGUGGUCUCUUGGGGUCAUCUUGUUCACAAUGCUGUGCGGCCGUUUUCCAACUGACAAUGACCUGCAGAAGACCGAACUAAACCUUUGGUCAGAGCCUGGACUGUCAAAGGACUGCUGCAGUUUGAUCUGUAGUCUGCUCCAGCAUAAAACUAAGCGACGGCUCGGUCUGGGGAAGAUCCUUCAACACGACUGGUUUCAGGUCUCCAUAUAAGUCGUGGGGAAAAGGAGUUUCGACCCCAGAAAUUUCCCAGUCUCCUGUCAGCUUUGCAUCUUGACGGCUGGCAGGAAGACUGUUCAUUCCUCUGUGAAUCCUCUGCAUCUUGCGGAGCCGGCAGGCCAUGGUUGCAUCUUAUGCUAUGGCCAGAAGCAGCAGUACUUGCCAUAUCUGCCGUUACUGUUUGCUUGGGGAUGUGUAUAUAUGUAUAUAAUUUUUUUUAUCAGAGCCUGCAUGAUCUAAAGAAUGCUGCUGAACCAGAGGUUCCUGCCAUGGACAGCUUAAAGGCAUGUAAUGGGCUUCCUCGUCUCAUAGCUCCACUGCCCUGGUUCCUCAGCGGUUACUCUCAUGGCUACCCACAAGUCCAAGGUUUGAUGUCCCAGAGGUUCCUUCUACGGUGCUCCAGGUCUCUCAGUCUUGCUGCUCUGGUACCAGAACUUCCUGUAGUGGCUACCUGGUCUUCAACUCCUUGUCAUGACUGCACGUUCUCAAAAGUUGCCCUGGAUAGUGAGGUCCCUGCAAAGUCAGCUGGGUCCCAGAGGUUCUAGCACUGGCCACUCAGAGAGGUUCAUGCCACGGUCCAGUCUCAGAUGUUCUUCUCAUGGCUGUCUCAGAUGCACUGCUCCAUGUGAUAGAUGCCCCGGGUCCAAGAAGUUUCUGUAAUGGCUGCAUCUGCUCUUUAAAUACUUUUCUCAUGUCAGAAUGGAAGAAAAACUGCUUGCAAUUUAAACUGGAAAGA